AUGGGCAAGAAUGCUGGAAAUUCAGCCACGCAUUCAAUCAUGGGUUUUGAUGAUGAUAUACGAAUGGGUUCUGAAGAUGGGUGUGAUGAAAGAGAAAUGGGAGAGUCUGAGCUUGAAGGAGAGGCGUGUACUUACAACGAUGAACAUGAUACCACAACCGGCCCCGAGAAUGACCUAUCUUCUCUCUCUUACAUUGUAAAAGAUAAGAGCAUAGCAGGAAAUAAAGAUGUCCAUUAUGUAGCUAUGGAAGAGUCAGUGGAGCUAAUACUUGCACAAAAUAUUCGCGGGGAUAAUCUAAGGGCAAAUUCAGCACAAAAGGUUUUGAAUGAUAAUUCAGGCUGUGCGAGAAAAGAUGAGUAUAUUAAAGCAGAAAACACUUGUGAUUUUGUCAAAGCCGAGUCUAAUACUCUAAAAAGUAGCAAAGCUCUAGAGAGUGAAUCAGUAGAUCCUCUUAGGAAGAAGAGCAAUCAGAUAGCUACCUUGCAUGAGCAAGAAAAUAUGAAGUUGCCUCCUGCCAAGGAUCAUACCUCUUCUGGUGGAAAAAAUAAAUCAAAAGGCAAUCAUGGUGAAGGCAGUCUAGCCGCUGAGGUACCAAAAGAAAGCUUGAGGGUUGGUUCUUUGAUGCCGAAAGUUAAGCAGACUGCUCAUGUGAACAAUAAUACAAACAAAAGGGAUUUAGGAGAUCAGAAAUUAGAUAUAGUUUUACAAAAGGCUGAAGAUUGGUAUAGAGAAUUUUUUGGAGAUGUUGGAGGAGUGGAACAGGAAGAGUACCUAACAAGGACAUUAGAAAUUCAUUCUAAAGAUCAGAUGAUGGAAGAUGACAAGAUUGGAAAAAAAUCAUUAGCCAUUAACAGUGCACAUAAUGACAGACAAAGUGGUAACAAAAUUGAGGAUUUUAUGGUAAGCCAAUCAUACCCUGGAGCAACUGUGAAUGGUGCUUCUGACUCUGGUAAUGUGAUUUCUGCUGGAGCUUGCCUUGGAACUGCAGCUCCUGUAUUCAUAAAAGAAAACUGGGUUUCUUGUGAUCAGUGCAUGAAGUGGCGCCUUCUUCCAAUAAGCAUAAAGCCUACUGAUUUACCCGAGAAGUGGUCAUGCAGCAUGCUUAACUGGCUGCCUGCAAUGAACCACUGCAGCGUUGAUGAGGAGGAAACUACAAAAGCUGCUUUUGCAUUGUAUCAAGUUCCUGCUGUAGCAAGUCAAAAUAAUCUUCAAAAUAAUCCUGGCAGUACUAUGUCCAGAUUACAAUCAGCUGAUACCCUGAAACCUGAAGAAAACCAACAAUGUUUUGGUUCACAUGCCAUGCCUCCUGGAAGAAAGAAACAUGGUUCAAAAGAAAUAUCAAAUGCAAUAGAUAAAGAUGGGCCAGUUACUCUGAAGAACAUGCAGGCGUCAUGUCUAUCUGGGAGUUUAACUGAUAUAACUAAAUCUGCUGUGAUAAGUGAACUUGGUUUGCAUGAUCCUAGAAAAUGUGAUUUUCCUGCCAAGAAACACAAAAGUAAGAAGAAAGAGAAGCAUAAAGUGUCAGAACACAUAUCUGGUGGAGGUGAUUCCAAAACUUCAAAGAUGAAAAGAAAAAGGACCUCUGAUCAAGAAUCUUUAAGGGUGUCCAAGAAAAUUAAGUUUGAAAUUUUGCAUCUUGCUGGUGAAGAUCGUGUGUCUGAGCAUGCUGGUAAGGAGGUUCCUAGCACAAAUAAUGAUCUGCCAACCACAUAUUAGGAAAGGAUCAACCUAAACACUGUGAGCGUUCUUCUGAUAAUGAUCAAAAGUUGGAUAAGAAGGACAAACAUCAGGACUCUGGUAAAAGGCCAAAGGAAAAAGUUCAGGUUUCCUUGGCUGAUGGAUCAGUCGAUCUGGUGAAUUUUGAUGGUGGGGAAGUUUCAAGAAAGAGGAAAGUUGAUGAUGACAGUGUGUUUGUGAAAGGAGAGUUCAGGAAAAAUGACUACAAGCAGGAAAAGAAGGCCAGGGCAUCUAUGUCUGGG